AUGGAAGGCAAAACGGCCCUAAUCACCGGAGCCGGCAGCGGAAUCGGCCGCGCCACAGCCCACAAACUACACAUCCUAGGAGCAAACCUAAUCCUCAUCGAUAUCAACCCCUCAUCCCUGCACCAAGUCGAAACCGAACUCACCCCCAAUCCCUCCUCGAACCAAACCCAACACCACCAAUACCACACAUGCGACAUCUCCUCCCCCACAGCCUGCAACAACCUCCUUACCACCCUGACCACCCCCCAACCCCUCACAAUCAACUACCUCUUCAACAACGCCGGCAUAAACCCCACCACAAUGCCCAUAACCUCCACCCCAGACACCUACUUCACGAAACUAAUCGACACCAACCUCCGCGGCACCUUCAACAUGACGCGCGCCUGCAUCCCGCACAUGCCCUCAUCAUCAAAUUCAGCAGCAAUCGUCAACAUGACCAGCAUGUGCGGUCUAAAAGGGUACUCUGGAUUCAGCGUCUACUGCGCAACCAAGUUCGCUAUUGUGGGCUUCACGAAAGCGUUGGCGGUGGAGUUGGGACCGCGAGGGAUAAGGGUUAAUGCGGUUGCGCCAGGGCCGACGGAUACGCCUACGAUGGUGGGGAAUGUUGAGGGAGAGGAGAAGAAUGAGGAGAUGGUCAAGGGGGUUGCGUUGGGAAGGUUGGGAAGGCCCGAGGAGGUUGCUGAUGUCGUGGGGUUUUUGUUUGGGGAUGAGGCGCGGUUUGUUAAUGGGGGAGUGGUAGAGGUGACGGGGGGGAUGGUUUGAUUUAUUUAUUAUUGUUAUCCUGGGUCUGGGAUUGGGGUCGGUUGUGGAAUGAAUGUAUAGAUGAUGUGUGGUAUAGGAGGGAGGUGGUUAGGGUUAUGGUUGUGUUUUAUGUUGGG